UCGUUCGUUCCUCGUAAUUACCCUGAUUGUCUGCCGACGGCUGUGUUACGUAUUGUGACUGGCCGGCUGUCUGGACACAAAACUUUGCGACAGUGCGCAAUAUGAUUGUUUACGGUGGUUACGUACCUCACUUAUUACCUCACGUUCCUGGCUGUGUGUAAUGUUUUGUAAAAUUCUUGGAACUUUGAGCCCUCAAUUUGGAUGUUUCGCGCCUCGUCAGAAUGAGGUUAGUAGAGCGGUUAGUAGUACGCGCACCGACUUACAACUGCAGCAUGCAUUACGGAUACAGUGCUGUCAAGCGACGAACUCAACCUGUCAUCAGGGCUACCACCCACCACCUACUGUUGCUUGUGGUGGGAAGUUUUUUGAUGGACAGUCAAGCUCACCAAACCCACCAGAACGAUAGCCGGAUUAGCUGCUAUAACGCAUCCACCGUACCGGACUAUCUCUGCCCACCGGAUGUGGCCAAGUUACGGCUCGAGCACGAAACAUCCUGUAAUCGGUACUACGUGUGCGAAAACGGCCACGCCACCGAGAUGUCCUGCCCCGGGCAAAGAUUCUUCAACCGUCACACACAAAGCUGCGGUCGAAGCCGGCGACCGUGCCGGACCAGUGCGCGAAUCCUGGUCCAACACGUCACCGAGUGUCAGCGCGACAUGCGACGAGCUGGGGCGCCCGUCCAUCAGCGGGAUGCGGGAUGCCGUCGGGUGUUUGUACCGUAUCCGGACGCUGGCAACGCAACCGGUGUGCUGGUGUGCAACGUGGAUGGUUCGGCCUUUCUUGCCCACUGUCCAGUGACGUUUACCGGCGUCCAGACGGUGUUCGUGAAUGGGAAGUGUCGGGUACGGCAGGUUAUGCGUGGCCGGCACAAGUGGGCAAAACUGUUGCAAAGUCCGGGACGCUAUCCGCCGGACACACCGGUGCGGAAGAAUCGUACGGCACGCACCCGGACCGGCAUACGGCCACUGGACAGCUCCAGCGAGAGGAACCGGUGGGUUGGCGAUGGGGUGAAAAGGUGUGAAGUGUUGGGCGCCUAAAUUUAGAAGCGGGAGCAGUUUGUUUUGGAGAUGAAAGGUAGUACGCCGGUCGGUUAAUGCUGGGCCAGUGGUUGUCAAUUGGUGAGAGUGAGUUUCGGGAAUUGUUUUGUGGAACUUGGAGGAUGCUCUAUUAAAUAUAAUAUAUCAUUCGAGUAACAUUCCGCUGCUAUUUUUCAUCAUCUAUAUUUUAUACAAAAACAACACCAGCUUGCUGACCACUGAAUUAAAAGGGAAAAGGCUGACACAACGACACACGGCACCUUUUUCGUCUGUUUGGAGCACAAAAUGGAGACUGAAACGUGUUUAAGCUUGGUGCGACUUAGUUUUUUGAUUGUAUUUACCACCGAAUUACGGACAAACGGUUUUAUCCUGUACGAUUCAUCGACAACCAAUAAAAACUACACGAUCAAACUUCACAAGUUUUCAAACACUGAACGUAAACCACACCAAAUUCUAAGGCGAAUAAAUCAAACUGACGUCUCGCAGGAGCAUGUGAGUGAGUGAACGGAGUGGUCUCGUAUGUUGUGAUUGAUGUAGUUGCCUGGUGAUUAAACAUUAAUCUUCGUAUCGGCUGGAUAGAUAGAUGGAUGGGUGGAUGCUUCUUGCAGCAGAUACGCCUUGCGCUUUCGCGUGUAGUUGCGUUCGAAAAUUGUGUAGAGCAACACCGCCGAUCCAAUACGCGUCCGCGUAAGCUUCCAGAUCGCAUUAACGGUUGCGGAAGUGUUAAACGCAUUUUUAAUGUGUCUGUCACACGCAGACGACCGGUAACAAUUGCGACGCGGUUUGCUCAAUUUAUAGGUUUCAGGCAGGCAAAUCGGUGCGUUCCACAGUAGAGACUCAGUUCAACGGGAGCACCGGACAUUAACGAGUUAAGCGAGGCCAUCGAGGCUUUGUGUGCUGUGAAACAGGAACCUCGCCGGUAUUUCCAGGCAUGCAGCCAGUGUACGCCGUGUUGCUAUUGCUAGUAUCGCUAACACCAUCGCCUCCGACUGCAGCGUUCCAGUUUACGUGUGCAGAAAUGUUAUGUACCAUCACGAGAUGGACGCCCAAAGAAGAGGGUACAUUUUUGUUAGCACACAUACCAGAAAAAACGGUCAUUUUGAAGUUUGUCAACCUAAAGUCGUACCUGUUCAACUACGAAGUACUUCGCAACGCUACCCGUAAUGGCAUCACCGUUCAGAUAUUGAGGUCACCCGUGCAUCGGGCUUUAAUGCCGGCCUCCAUCAACGUCGUAUUCACGAAGCUAGCCCAAACAUAUCUGCGAGACAUACUGUUCGAACGGGGCAAUGUGAUGCUGGAAAGUCUUAGCAUUAUCGAGAGCCGGCUCAAGAGCGUACCGGCCACGAUAGUGCAUCUGACGGUGGUGCGCCACAUCGAGAUUACGCAAGCGUUCAUCGAAGCGUUAAAUUUAAAUCUCCUCAGCAAACUGCUCCACCUAGAGGAGCUAAACUUUUGCAAUAACAAAAUCCGCCACCUAAAUGUCGCCGUUAAGUCGGAUGAGGAUUUUCCGAACCUGAAGGUCAUUUAUCUAGCCAGCAACCAGCUGACCACGCUUAACUUGCACAGCUUCAACGGAAUGAGAUUACUGCAGACGCUAGAUUUCCGUAAGAAUCGAAUCACACGUGCAGAGGGCCCACUGGUGUCGGAUAGCUUAAGAAGCAUCAUACUGUCCGGGAAUCGUAUCAAGGCGAUGUCCUGCUGCGGGUGGAACUUGACCAGCUUGACGUCGUUCGAGAUAAAUGGCAAUCUUUUGUCCUGGUUGCCAACGUGCGUGGAAGAAGCGUUUCCCAACAUAGACUAUUUGAGCUUCAAAUCGAACGCACUGGAAGAUAUAAAUGUUGGCCAGAGCGUCAUCACUAUGAAAUACGUGAGAAACAUAGACCUAGGCUACAACCGGCUGACGAGUGCGGUGUUUAGCGGUGUGUCAUUAUCGCUGCUGAUGCUUAACCUGGAAAACAACCGUAUCACGAAGCUCAGUGUACCGGUAGCCGGAUACGGGCUUAAAAUCAUCGUAUCGUGCAAUGCGAUCGAGCAAUUCGAUCUGAAGAGUCUUUCGCCGAACGUAACGCACCUGCAGAUGUCUCACAAUCCCAUAGACUGCUCGUUUGAUAAGGCGCUAAUGCUGAGCGAUGAGGAAAUAGAGUGCGUUCGAACAGAGACCAAUACUACAGAGGCAAUAAAGAGAUAGUUCCCGAUUUUC